UAGACACGCACGGUGCUGGUCUCUCCCUGCAUCUCUCCUGGACCACUCCCCACCGGGAACAGACUCUCCCUCUGCCCCUUUCUCCCUCCCUCCAUCCCUCCAGCACCAUGAGCCUCCCAGGACUGCUCGCCGUCCUGCUCCUGGCCGUGCCGGCCAUCUCCCUUCCUGUGACAAAUGACAUGAAUAAGGGCGACACUAAGGUGAUGAAGUGCAUUGUAGAGGUCAUCUCAGAUACUUUAUCGAAGCCAAAUCCCCUCCCGAUCAGUGAGGAAUGCCUAGAAACACUCAGAGGAGAUGAACGAAUCAUUUCUAUCCUUCGCCACCAAAAUUUAUUGAAGGAACUUCAGGAAAUUGCUGCUCAAGGUGCCAAUGAAAGAACUCAGCAGCAGAAGAAAAGCAGUGGCUUUGAAGAUGAACUUUCUGAAGUCCUUGAAAGUCAGAACGAGAAGAACAAGCAGAGAGAUGUGGCAGGAGAGCGCUCUGAAGAGGAGCAGCCCACGGGCUCCCUGACUGAGCUGGCAGCACAGAAAACCCAGAAUGAAGAUUCAAGAGAGGAGGGAAAAAACACCCUGGAGGGGAUGGAGCCCAGACUACAGAAUGCAGGCCCUGGUGAGAAGGAGAGUCAUGAGGAAGCAGAGAGCAAUGAGAUCAGGGACACAGAGGGUGCCCAUCAAGAUGAAGGUUUGGACAACCACAUCACCAAAGACUUCAAUGAGGAUCAGCAGCAGCAGCGAGAGGAUGAAGAUGAGCAUCCCAGACGCCCCAAGGACAGCUCAGAGCUUGACGACGAGGGAGAGCAGCCAUCUAAGCAGGGCCAGGAGCGGAGCAAGGAGGCAGCAGGCGAGCGUGUGGAGCGGGAGGAUGAUGGGGGAGAAGAUGCUGCAGAGGAGGACCCUACUGAAGCAGAGAGGUCGUUUGAUUUGGCUGAGGAGGACGAGGAGAAUGAGCAGAUGCAGGGAGAUGACAAUAAUGAUGAUGCUCUGGGAUUUGGCAAAGAUGGGCAGAGCUCAGAGGAGGAGGAGGAAGAGGAGGAAGAGCAGCCCCAGGCACUGAGAGGAAGAAGGCAUCGCCUGGAGGAUGAGGGGAUGCAGGGGGAGGAGGACACCUUCCAGUCCAGGGAUGCCAAAAGUGAAGAGAUGGAGGAGGAGACCUCCAGGGAGUGGGAAGACUCCAAGAGAUGGAACAAAAUGGAUGAGCUGGCCAAGCAGCUGACAUCAAAGAAGCGCAUGGAGGAAAACGAUAGUGAGGAAGACCCAGACAGAUCCAUGAAAAAGGCAUUUAGGUCCCACAAGUAUGACUUCAGUAGUCCAGAGGAAGAUGUGAGAAGGUCAUGGAAGCAUCACUCAAAGGAAGACAGCAGUGAAGGAGGCUUCCCACUUGCUCCCAUGCCUGAAGAAAAGAAGGAUGAGGAAGGCAGUGCUAACAGAAGAACAGAGGACCAGGAGCUGGAGAGCCUGGCUGCCAUCGAGGCGGAGCUGGAGCGCGUUGCCCACAAGCUGCAUGAGCUGAGGCGAGGCUGAGGUCCCCAGCCUGCUCCAUGCAGGUGAAAGCCACUGCUGCCACCCUUCUCCCUCCCCAAUGCAUUUUUGUUUCCUGAUUUUAAAGUGACUAAGCUGGAGCAGAAGCAUUGUGCCUAGGACCAACUGACCUUGCUAGUGCCCAGGCCUGCCUCCCUCGCCAUAGUGUUGUGCCCAUCACUGCUUCUUCACCUCACGCUCCCCUGUCCACACGGAUGCCCACCCACUCAGCUGGGCACCAGUGGGCACGAAGAGCAACCUACACAUUUAUUUUCUCUCUGGGGGGGUGUUUCCUUCUUUUUUUUUUAAAAGACAAGACAGCUUUCUAGAAAGUUCUCCUUCCACUGGUAGGUUCACUGGGUAA